AUGAUGUCUUUCGACCAAACUGUGGAAGUGCGCAAACCGAAGAAACUCACAUCGUUCAGCAUUUCAUCGUUGAUCGACACGGAUUCCGACGAUGAAGAAGUGGCCGAACUCAAAGUUGAGAGCUCAGAUCCCGUGUCAGAGGAUCUGGACGACGACGCAUCGGUGAUAACUUCCCUGGCAAGUCCCACGCAUUCCUCGAUGAGGGCGAGUGGCACGCCAACGACGACGGGAGGUAACGGGAAGGACGUGCAGUCCGAACCGGGACUUCCGGAACCGGAGCUGAAAACGCUCCCCGACACCUGGAAAAAGUCGAAAGAGAAGCCUCCGUUCAGCUACAACGCUCUGAUCAUGAUGGCGAUUCGGCAAUCGAGUGAGAAACGGCUCACUUUGAACGGAAUUUACGAGUACAUCAUGAAGAACUUUCCCUACUACCGUGAGAACAAGCAAGGAUGGCAAAACUCGAUCAGACACAACCUUUCUUUGAAUAAGUGCUUUAUCAAAGUUCCUCGGCACUACGACGACCCUGGCAAAGGUAACUAUUGGAUGCUGGACCCAAGUGCUGAUGACGUUUUCAUCGGGGGCACAACUGGAAAGCUACGUAGAAGAACAGCCCCCGCGACUAGGAAUCGCCUCGCUCUCCUGCGGAGGAAUCCCGCCGCGUUGCAGGCAGCAGCGUUCGCGGCAACUUCUCAUCUGAUGGGCGCAAAUCCCUAUUAUCCCGGUCAACCUUGGCACAACGCAGCCGCUGCCCUGGCAGCAGCGUAUCAGAGUGCCGUAGUCUCAAAACUGAAUCAUCCGCAACAACUGCCAAAGAGUCUCCUGCCGCCUCAGCUGCCGCUUUCACAGUCGAUGGCAGGUCCGCAAAUGGAUAGAAUAUCGCCGUUUGCGUUGUAUCCAUCGCAUCUUUAUCUCCAACAGCAACGAUCGUUGCUCCAACGGAUGCAAAGUCACGAAGACCUCAACCAUGGAAGAUGAGGGCUUUUUUCAUUGUUCCUGCCCCUGCCGCAAUAGUUUCUUGAUCUCAUGUGAUGAUGCAAUACAGUGUAAAUAUCCAGUGGAGUACCGUCGACGAUCACGUUAGCUCCUCGACGAGGAGAAAGUGAGGAUUGUUGUACAUAGAAGCUGUAAAUAGAAGUCAUUAGGAG